UAUUUUGUUUGGAACCGAACAGAAGCCUUGUUCAUUUUUUGCCAUUUUUCUGUGACUUUAACUUCUGCAGCCGCGGCCAUGACGGAAAACACCUUCCCGCUCCACUCUGUCGACAAAAUAGUGGCUUUCUAUCGUAAUGCGGUUCUGACCGCUUCAGAGGCGAAACACUUCACCAAGAGCGACCUGACUCCCACCCCCAAGGCAGAAACGGUUCAGACUUUGUACAUGAGGGUUCUGCAUCUCCUCUUUCGCUUCAAGCCCGAGUGUCACUCCAUGGUUCCGCUGCUGGAGAACAUUCAGUAUCCGGCCUACUACGAGGGGGCGACCACCAUCAUGAGCGUCUACGUUCGCAUGCAGCAGUUCCUGCCGGUGUGUAUGGUCUACGAUUUCUCACUGAGUGACCUCCUGAAUCCAAAGAAGCAGAGGACUUUGACCAUCCUCAGCGCCAUCAUGAACUUCCUUCACUUCAGGAACCAGCGGAUGGAGAUGAUCCAGGAGAAGCAGGGCAAAUUUAGGGCGGACGUGGACAGACUGCAGGCGUACACCCGCAGCAUCAGAGACGCCGAGAGGAAGAUCGAGAUGCUGACAACGAUCCCGCCAGAGCAGCAGGCCGAGGCCAACGAGCUGGCGGCCGCCCUCGCCGAGCUGAACACCACCACGGCGCACGAAUACCAGGAAGUGAACACCAAAACCGAGAGAAUCGCAGAGCUGAAGAGCGAAGUAGCAGAGAAGACGCAGAAACUGGCCCAGAUGAAGGUGGACGUCAGCAGCCUGAAGGAAGACAUCAGCAAGCUGAAGUCUCAGAUCGUGGAGUCUCCGGAGGAGCUGAAGAGCCAGAUGGAGAAGAUGCGGGACACCGUGAAAAACAUCAAAAACUCCAUCGAGGAGGCGGACGAGCGCGUGGUGGAGCUGCAGAGCAUGGUGCAGGGCGUCAGCCACACCGAGGCCGAGAUCCAGCACGUGCUGGGCCUGCUGCAGGACCUGGAAGCCAGCAUGAGCAACUGCAAGCAGCAGCAGGACGAGCACCAGGAGCUGAUUGCUCAGUACGAGAAGCUGCAGAAGGAGCUGAAGAACCUGUGUGUGGAGGAGGGCCAGCUGAAGCGAGCUCUGGACAUGAAGCGGGACAAGGAGUGCAAACUGAACAUCCGGCGGCAGAAAAAGAAGGAGAUGAAGGAGCAGCACGUGAAGGAGGUGCUCGGUCAGUGCACGCAGAUCCACCAGAAGCGCGAGGAGAUGGCCGACAAGAUCCAGAAGAUCUCCGGCGAGACGCAGCAGCUGAGGGCCAAGAUCAAGAGCCUGAGGGACAUCUGCGGCGAGGAGACGGAGAAAGCCCAGGCCAUCUACAACACCCUGUCCGCCGCCAUGGGCGAGCUCCACCAGCGCAUCGAGGCUCACUCCAGAGACCUGAAGCUCGCCGCCGCCAAGAUGUCUGCAAACAUCUGACCUGUUUACGGUUCUCAUAUGUUCUCUUGUUCAGAGCCUGAUCAGACCAGGGGGGUUCCACAGUCUGACAGCUCAUCUGUUUAAUGCCGUUUUGUGUUCUGUUUAAUGCUUCA